AUGGCCUCUGCAGACUCUGAGAUGGCUGUUUUUGGGGAGGCGGCUCCCUAUCUCCGAAAGUCAGAGAAGGAGAGAAUUGCAGCCCAGAACAAGCCUUUCGAUGCCAAGACAUCCGUCUUUGUGGCCCAUCCUAAAGAAUCCUUUGUGAAAGGGACAAUCCAGAGCAAAGAAUCAGGGAAGGUCACUGUCAAGACUGAAGGUGGAGAGACCCUGACCGUGAAGGAUGAUCAGGUCUUCCCCAUGAACCCUCCCAAGUAUGAUAAAGUCGAGGACAUGGCCAUGAUGACCCACCUCCACGAACCCGCUGUGCUGUACAACCUCAAAGAGCGUUAUGCAGCCUGGAUGAUCUACACCUACUCGGGUCUCUUCUGCGUCACUGUCAACCCCUACAAGUGGCUGCCGGUGUACAACCCGGAGGUGGUGUUGGCCUACCGAGGCAAGAAGCGCCAGGAGGCCCCUCCACACAUCUUCUCCAUCUCUGACAAUGCCUAUCAGUUCAUGCUCACUGAUCGUGAGAACCAGUCGAUCCUGAUCACCGGAGAAUCCGGUGCAGGGAAGACUGUGAACACAAAGCGUGUCAUCCAGUACUUUGCAACAAUUGCAGCGAGUGGGGAGAAGAAGAAGGAGGAGCAGUCUGGCAAAAUGCAGGGAACGCUUGAGGAUCAAAUCAUCAGCGCCAACCCACUGCUGGAGGCCUUUGGAAACGCCAAGACAGUGAGGAACGACAACUCCUCGCGCUUUGGCAAAUUCAUCAGAAUCCACUUUGGAGCUACAGGCAAACUGGCUUCUGCGGACAUUGAGACUUAUCUGCUGGAGAAGUCCAGAGUCACUUUCCAGCUCAAGGCAGAAAGAAGCUACCACAUAUUUUAUCAGAUCACGUCCAACAAGAAGCCAGAGCUAAUUGAAAUGCUCCUCAUCACCACCAACCCGUAUGACUACCCUUUUGUGAGUCAAGGUGAGAUCACUGUUCCCAGCAUUGAUGACAAAGAGGAGCUGAUGGCUACAGAUAGUGCCAUUGACAUCCUGGGCUUCACUGCUGAUGAAAAGACUGCCAUCUACAAGCUGACAGGGGCUGUCAUGCACUACGGGAACUUGAAGUUCAAGCAGAAACCAAGAGAGGAGCAGGCAGAGCCCGAUGGCACAGAAGUUGCUGACAAGGCUGCCUACCUGAUGGGUCUGAACUCAGCUGACAUGCUAAAGGCACUGUGCUACCCCCGAGUCAAGGUUGGGAAUGAAUAUGUGACCAAAGGUCAAACUGCACAGCAGGUGCACAAUGCUGUAGGUGCUCUAGCAAAGGCUGUCUACGAGAGGAUGUUCUUGUGGAUGGUUGUUCGCAUCAACCAACAGCUGGAUACCAAGCAACCCAGACAGUACUUCAUUGGUGUCCUGGAUAUUGCUGGCUUCGAGAUCUUUGAUUUUAACAGCUUUGAGCAGCUGUGCAUCAACUUCACCAAUGAGAAACUGCAACAGUUCUUCAACCACCACAUGUUCGUGCUGGAGCAGGAGGAGUACAAGAAGGAAGGAAUUGAAUGGACAUUCAUUGACUUUGGGAUGGACCUGGCUGCCUGCAUUGAGCUGAUUGAGAAGCCCAUGGGUAUCUUCUCCAUCCUGGAAGAGGAGUGCAUGUUCCCCAAGGCAACUGACACCUCUUUCAAGAACAAGCUCUAUGACCAACAUCUAGGCAAGUCCGGCAACUUCCAGAAGCCCAAACCUGUCAAAGGCAAGGCUGAGGCCCACUUCUCCCUGAUACACUACGCUGGUACAGUGGACUACAACAUCACUGGCUGGCUGGAGAAAAACAAGGACCCCCUGAAUGAAACCGUCAUUGGGUUGUACCAGAAAUCAUCUGUGAAAACAUUGGCCUUACUCUUUGCCAACUACGGUGGAGCAGAAGCAGAAGCUAGUGCUGGCAAGAAAGGUGGCAAGAAGAAGGGUUCUUCCUUCCAGACUGUCUCAGCUCUUUUCCGGGAGAAUUUGAACAAGCUGAUGACCAAUCUGCGAAGCACCCACCCCCAUUUUGUACGCUGCAUCAUCCCAAAUGAAACAAAAACACCUGGUGCCAUGGAGCAUGAACUGGUGCUUCACCAGCUGCGGUGUAACGGCGUGCUGGAAGGGAUCAGAAUUUGCAGGAAAGGAUUUCCCAACAGAGUCCUGUAUGCAGAUUUUAAACAGAGAUACAAAGUAUUAAAUGCAAGUGCUAUCCCAGAGGGACAGUUCAUUGACAGCAAGAAGGCUUGUGAGAAACUUCUUGGAUCAAUUGAUAUAGACCACACUCAAUACAAAUUCGGUCACACCAAGGUGUUCUUCAAAGCUGGGCUGAUAGGCCUCUUGGAAGAGAUGAGGGAUGAGAAGCUGGCACAGCUCAUCACCCGCACACAGGCCAGGUGCAGGGGCUUCCUGAUGAGAAUGGAGUACCAGAGAAUGGUGGAGAGGAGAGAGUCCAUUUUCUGCAUCCAGUACAACAUUCGUGCAUUCAUGAACGUCAAGCACUGGCCCUGGAUGAAGCUGUUCUUCAAGAUCAAGCCCUUGCUGAAGAGUGCAGAAUCUGAGAAGGAGAUGGCCAACAUGAAACAAGAGUUUGAGAAAACCAAGGAAGAGCUUGCAAAGUCUGAGGCAAAGAGGAAGGAGCUGGAGGAGAAAAUGGUGAAACUGGUGCAGGAGAAAAACGAUCUGCAGCUCCAAGUGCAGGCUGAAGCUGAUGCUUUGGCUGAUGCUGAGGAAAGAUGUGACCAGCUCAUCAAAACCAAAAUCCAGCUGGAAGCCAAAGUUAAAGAAGUGACUGAAAGGGCCGAGGAUGAGGAAGAAAUUAAUGCUGAGCUGACAGCCAAGAAGAGGAAACUGGAGGAUGAAUGUUCAGAGCUGAAGAAAGAUAUUGACGAUCUUGAGUUAACACUGGCCAAGGUUGAGAAGGAAAAACAUGCCACCGAAAACAAGGUGAAAAACCUCACAGAGGAGAUGGCAGCCCUGGAUGAGACCAUCGCCAAGCUGACAAAAGAGAAGAAAGCCCUCCAAGAGGCCCAUCAGCAGACACUGGAUGACCUGCAGGCAGAAGAGGACAAAGUCAAUACUCUGACCAAAGCUAAGACCAAGCUGGAGCAGCAAGUGGACGAUCUGGAAGGGUCCCUGGAGCAAGAGAAGAAACUGCGCAUGGACCUUGAGAGAGCUAAGAGGAAACUCGAAGGAGACCUGAAGCUGGCCCAUGACAGCAUAAUGGAUUUGGAAAAUGAUAAGCAGCAGCUGGAUGAGAAACUGAAGAACAAAGGCUUUGAAAUCAGCCAGAUCCAGAGCAAAAUCGAGGAUGAGCAACUUAUGGGCAUGCAGUUACAGAAGAAGAUCAAGGAGCUGCAGGCCCGUAUUGAGGAACUGGAGGAGGAAAUUGAGGCAGAGAGAACCUCUCGGGCAAAAGCAGAGAAGCAUCGGGCUGACCUCUCCAGGGAGCUAGAGGAGAUCAGCGAGCGCCUGGAGGAAGCAGGAGGGGCUACCGCAGCUCAGAUUGAGAUGAACAAGAAGCGUGAGGCAGAAUUUCAGAAGAUGCGUCGCGACCUCGAAGAGGCCACGCUGCAGCACGAAGCCACGGCUGCCGCCCUGCGGAAGAAGCACGCGGACAGCACAGCUGAGCUUGGGGAGCAGAUCGACAACCUGCAACGAGUGAAGCAGAAGCUGGAGAAGGAGAAGAGUGAGCUGAAGAUGGAGAUUGACGACUUGGCCAGUAACAUGGAGUCUGUCUCCAAAGCCAAGGCAAAUCUGGAGAAGAUGUGCCGCACUCUGGAAGACCAACUAAGUGAAUUUAAAACUAAGGAGGAGCAGAAUCAACGCAUGAUCAGUGAUCUCAGUGCUCAAAGAGCUCGUCUGCAGACAGAAUCUGGUGAAUAUUCACGCCAGGUGGACGAAAAAGAUGCUUUAAUUUCUCAGCUGUCUAGAGGGAAGCAGGCUUUCACCCAGCAGAUUGAAGAAUUGAAACGGCAACUAGAGGAAGAGAUAAAGGCCAAGAAUGCCCUGGCCCAUGGCUUGCAGUCUGCUCGCCACGACUGUGACUUGCUCCGGGAACAAUAUGAGGAGGAGCAGGAAGCCAAGGGGGAGCUGCAGCGCGCCCUGUCCAAGGCCAACAGCGAAGUGGCCCAGUGGAGAACCAAAUACGAGACUGAUGCUAUUCAGCGCACAGAGGAGCUGGAGGAGGCCAAGAAGAAGCUGGCACAGCGCCUGCAGGAAGCAGAGGAACAUGUUGAAGCUGUGAAUGCCAAAUGUGCCUCCCUGGAAAAGACAAAGCAGAGGCUGCAGAAUGAAGUGGAGGACCUGAUGAUUGACGUGGAGCGAUCAAAUGCUGCCUGCGCAGCUCUGGAUAAGAAGCAGAAGAACUUUGACAAGAUCCUGGCCGAAUGGAAGCAGAAGUAUGAGGAAACGCAGGCUGAGCUGGAAGCCUCCCAGAAGGAGUCUCGCUCCCUCAGCACGGAGCUGUUUAAGAUGAAGAAUGCCUAUGAGGAGUCCUUGGACCACCUGGAAAUGCUGAAGCGUGAGAACAAGAACCUGCAGCAGGAGAUUUCCGACCUCACGGAGCAGAUUGCCGAGGGAGGAAAGGCGAUUCACGAGCUGGAGAAAGUCAAGAAGCAGAUUGAGCAGGAGAAAUCUGAAAUCCAGGCUGCUCUGGAGGAAGCUGAGAACACCAGCUUGAUCAACACCAAGAAGAAGCUGGAAACAGACAUUGCCCAAAUCCAGGGUGAAAUGGAGGAUACGAUCCAGGAAGCCCGCAAUGCUGAAGAGAAGGCCAAGAAGGCCAUCACGGAUGCAGCCAUGAUGGCAGAAGAGCUGAAGAAGGAGCAGGACACCAGCGCCCACCUGGAGAGGAUGAAGAAGAACCUGGACCAGACGGUGAAGGACCUGCAGCACCGUCUGGAUGAGGCUGAGCAGCUGGCACUGAAGGGAGGCAAGAAGCAAAUCCAGAAGCUGGAGGCCAGAGUGCGGGAGCUGGAGGGGGAGGUUGAUGCUGAGCAGAAGCGCAGCGCUGAAGCCGUGAAGGGUGUGCGCAAGUACGAGAGGAGGGUGAAGGAGCUGACCUACCAGUCUGAGGAAGACCGGAAGAAUAUUCUCAGGCUGCAGGAUCUGGUGGACAAGCUGCAAAUGAAGGUGAAAUCCUACAAGAGACAAUCUGAAGAGGCUGAGGAGCUGUCCAAUGUCAACCUCUCCAAGUUCCGCAAGAUCCAGCACGAGCUGGAGGAAGCCGAGGAGCGGGCUGACAUUGCAGAGUCACAGGUCAACAAGCUCCGAGCAAAGAGUCGGGAGUUUCAUAGGAAGAUAGAAGAGGAAGAGUGAGGAUGUCAUGAGGCAGCAAAGUGACCUGAGGGCUGCACAAAAUGUGAACCUCUUGGUCGCUUUCUUCUGCAAUGAGUCUUUGUACCCACCUCAGUGUCUAUAGAAUAAAGACCAUAGAUUCCUCUGCAUACACA